UAUCUCUUUCUGCUCAUAAUCAAAGCUAUGCUGGUGAAAGCUUAUUCUCCGCUUUUGAAGUUGGAUUGGAACUCCAACUCCAACUCCAUCUCCAUCUACCGCCUCAGCCAUGGCCGCCGCCUUGACUCUUCCUCAAUUCACGCUUCUUCUUCUUCUUCCAACAACGCAAACAUAGACUUGGACAAAACUCAAUCCCCUCCAGUUUUACGUUCGAGGUCAUCUUUUGGCAGGUUGAAAGUGGAGAGAGUGAGAACUUCUCGGCCCAAGGAGCUUGUUGUACAAGAACGAACCGAAAAUCCGCCAUUGCCAUCAUUUGAUGGUGAUGAUAAUGAUGGUGUUGAAUCUCCACCACCACUUAGGAAAUGGACCAGAAAAGGCAGUGGAACUAGAGUGGGUUCGUCUUCCAAGGGAUGGAACUUGAAAUAUGACUCACUCGAACCAGAUUCAACCCCUCGAACCAAGUUCUCUUCUGGUUCUGAUUUUUUCAGUAGAAAGUCUUUUAGAGAUGUGGGUUACAGUGAUUUCAUGAUUGAAUGUCUUAGGAAGCUCAAUUUCCAACGCCCCUCACAUAUUCAGGCCAUAGCUUUUGCACCCGUUAAAGAGGGAAAGAGCUGUAUUUUAGCUGAUCAAAGUGGAUCUGGGAAGACUUUAGCAUAUCUUGCUCCUGUAAUUCAACGUCUUAGGCAAGAAGAAGUUGAUGGAGUAAGCAUAUCCUCGUCACAGAGUCCUCGACUGAUUGUACUGGUACCAACUGCAGAGUUGGCUUCUCAGGUUUUGGUCAAUUGUCGAUCAAUGUCAAAAAGUGGGGUCCCUUUCAAGUCAAUGGUUGUGACAGGUGGUUUUCGACAGAAAACUCAACUUGAAAGUUUACAACAAGGAGUAGAUGUCCUUAUAGCAACACCAGGUCGUUUUAUGUAUAUGAUCAAAGAGAGUUUUUUGAAGUUAACAAAUCUAAGAUGUGCCGUGCUAGAUGAGGUAGACAUACUCUUUAAUGAUAAAGAUUUCGAACCAGUGCUACAGAAUUUGAUAAGUUCUUCACCUGUUACCACUCAAUAUUUAUUCGUGACUGCAACUUUACCAGUUGCCAUUUACAACAAAUUAGUUGAAGUUUUUCCUGAUUGUGAGGUGACUAUGGGACCCGGGAUGCACCGAAUAAGCACUGGCCUAGAAGAGGUCCUUGUAGAUUGUAGUGGAGGUGACGAGACUGAGAAAACUCCAGAAUCAGCAUUUUUGAACAAGAAAUCUGCGCUUCUGCAGCUUGUGGAGGAAAGUCCAGUUCCCAAAACAAUAAUUUUUUGUAAUAAGAUAGAGACAUGUAGGAAAGUUGAGAAUGCAUUAAAGCGUUUUGAUAGAAAAGAAAACCAAGUUAAAGUUCUACCAUUCCAUGCUGCUAUGGCUCAAGAAUCGCGGCUCGCAAAUUUGGAGGAAUUUUCCAAUUCUCGUCCGGACAGUGGGUCACAAUUUUUAGUUUGCAGUGAUAGGGCAUCGCGUGGAAUGGAUUUUGCUGGAGUGGUAGAUCAUGUUGUUCUCUUUGAUUUUCCGCGUGAUCCAUCUGAGUAUGUUCGCCGUGUUGGAAGAACAGCUAGAGGUGCUGCUGGGAAGGGCAGGGCAUUCAUCUUUGUGGUGGGAAAACAGGUCUUCCUUGCACGCCGCAUCAUGGAAAGAAAUCGAAAAGGUCAUCCAUUGCACGAUGUGCCAUCUGCUUAUGAGCUCUCUAGAUGAAGACAUGUUUAUUGCUUUGUAAAUAAAACAAAAUAUAAAGUAGAGGAGUUUAAUUUAAAUUCAAAAUGAAGCUAUUUAGAGCCCGAGAUGAUGAAAGCAGGUAUGUAUGCCUUUGUCUUCCCUGAAAAAUUUAAUCAUUGUGCCUGUCUUUUCUGUUGAGUAUUAAGAUAUAACCACUUUGUGUGUGUUAUUGUCAUGCAGACAUUUAGUAUUUUUCAUUCAUUAUUUACUUUGUGGUAUUUUUUUAAUUCAGAAUUCAACUACUUUUUCACCUUCCGGUAGUCUGCUCAGGGUUCUAAACUCUUGAUUAUUGUAAUUGCUCAGAAUAUCUUUUUUUUUU